UUCCCGUGGUGGAAAUACUUGAAGCAAAUUGGACCGAAAACUAAAUAUAUAACGGAAAGUUAACACAAUUUUUUUUUAUAUAAACAUCACAUUUUUAUAUAUAUAAAUGUAAACAUCUUCUAAUGUGUAAGAGAGGGUAAGAGCAGUUUCAAAGUCUUGUGAAAGAGAUACUUUGAUAAAAAAGUCUUUUUGAUGUAGAAUGUAAUAGCCUCAUACAUCACCUUCAACAAAUUAAGAUGUUCGUCUCUUCCUGGGUCAGUCUAAAAAACCAUUUAGAAGUAUGACUCUGUUUGAACAAAAGAUAAUAAAAUCGUGAUUCAAUGGCGUGUUAUGGUGUAAUUUCUUUUUCAAUUAGCUCAGGGAAUGAUAAAAAGUUGAUGUUUGAAAUGAGUGAAGGAAUGAAUGAUUAGCCUUCAAAAUGAGUUCACAAAGAGACACAAAAGUCUGGGUUUUUGUUUUCUUCUCCUGUUUAUUUAUCCAACCAUCAAUUCAUGCAAAAGACAGCCUCGGGCCAGGAGAAACCUUGUACUACAACCAAACGUUGGUCUCAGCGGGUGAUGUUUUUGAGUUGGGUUUCUUCAGCUUCACUGGCUGGGAGAAUCAGUACUUGGGAGUGUGGUUCAAGGACGACAAAGAGAGGAAACCAGUCUGGGUUGCCAACAGAGACAAUCACAUCUUGGAUUCAUCAGAUUAUCUCUCUAUAAGGCGAGACGGGAACUUGGUGAUAGUGGAGGAAUCCUCUGCAAAUUGGAUCAUAAACACUGGAUCACUUUCAACAACCAACAACACCAGAGCAAAAAUUCUAGAUACAGGAAAUCUGGUCCUACUUGAUGAAGAUGAUGAUGGCAAGAUUAUCUGGCAAAGCUUUGACUGCCCAACAGACACUUACCUCCCUGGGAUGAAAAUUGGCUAUAUAUUCUCAGACCCAAAUAAUAAGAAGUCCUGGUAUAUUCUGUCAUGGUCAAGUCCAUCGGUACCAAGCAGUGGAACCUAUACUUUUGGCGUGGACAGGUUUAAUAAGUCACUUUUCAAUGUCUGGAGAAGAGGUACUGGUGUUUAUCAACCGGUUGGUCUAUGGGAUGGCAGUAGUUUCAAAUUCUUCUUUCAGAAUUCAUCAGAGGGGUUCAAUUUCAGCUUGGUAGCUAAGCCAGAACAGGCUUAUCUUACCUUCAACGAUAUAGGAAAUAACACCUCGGCAUGGUUUGGUCUGGACUCAAAUGGGGAUAUAAUCGAGUACAGGAAGUCGCAGGAGGGAAUUACAAGGGCGAGUCAUUCACCGUGUGACACGACUAACUUCUUGGGCAUCAAAAGCCAGGGAUGUUUGAUACCAAGGCCAAGUAUGUGUGAUGCUGGAGAUGGGUUCUUCGAGCACAGGGGGGUAAUGCAAAUUUCGUCGAUUGCUAGAGUUUCUGCAAUUGUUGGUUAUGGAGAUUGUGAGCUGAUAUGCAAGAAUAACUGUUCAUGCACGGCAUAUUCUUCAGUUGACAAUGGAGGUUCUUGUGAAUUCUACUAUGGAGAUAUGAAUGAUCUUCUCAGUAAAAUCAGAACUGGAAAUAGCUCUAUUUAUGUUCGUGAAAAUGCUCCUGAGACGUCAGACAAUGGAAGGAAGAGGAAGCUCUUGGUGGCAAUUAUAGUCCCAGUGACAGUGGUUUCCUCCACAGUGUUCUGUUUGAUCUUCUGGUUCUAUUAUGUCCAAAGGAGAAAGCACAAUUUUUUAGGAAUGUUUAAGGAUUAUUCAGAUGCUACUCUUGAUUCUAACAACGUAAAUGAAUUUGACACGAAGAACGAUUGCGAUGACUUACCAGAGUUCAGCUUCUCAAGAAUUGAAGCUGCCACUAAUCAGUUCUCUUACCAAAAUAAGCUUGGAGAGGGUGGUUUUGGAUCAGUAUAUAAGGGCAUGUUAUUUGGAAAUGAAAUUGCGGUCAAAAGGCUUUCUAAAUACUCGGGACAAGGGCAGCAGGAGUUCAAGAAUGAGGUGCAAUUAAUUUCGAAGCUUCAGCACAGGAAUCUUGUUAACCUAAUAGGAUAUUGUGUUCGAGGAGAAGAAAAGAUUUUAAUCUAUGAGUACAUGCCAAACAAAAGCUUGGAUUCCUUCAUUUUUGAUCCAUCAAAGCAACACCUGCUAGAUUGGAGAAAGCGACUGCACAUUGUGGAAGGGAUUGCUCAAGGCCUUCUUUAUCUUCAUAAAUACUCUCGACUAAAAAUUAUUCACCGGGACAUGAAAACCAGCAACAUACUACUGGAUGCUUAUAUGAACCCGAAAAUAUCGGAUUUUGGAAUGGCUAGAAUAUGCUGUGACAAUCAAUCAGGAACGAAAACGUCAAGAAUAGUUGGAACAUAUGGUUAUAUGUCUCCAGAGUACGCACUCCAUGGCCUUUUCUCGACCAAAUCUGAUGUAUUCAGCUUUGGAGUCAUUUUACUGGAGAUAGUGAGUGGAAGAAGAAACACAGCCUUUAAUGACCCUGAUAGCAAUCUGAACUUGCUAGGUUAUGCCUGGGAGGUUUGGAAGGAUGGGAGAUUCAUGGAAUUGUUGCAUCCAGGGUUGGUUGAGUCGAGCUCAAAAAGUGAAGUUUCAUUGUGCAUUCAAAUAGGACUACUGUGUAGUCAAGAAAAAGCAGAUGACAGGCCAACCAUGUCUGAUGUGGUUUCAUUCCUUAGCAACAAAGAAGAAAGCUUACCAACGCCGAAACAACCUGGAUUUUAUGCUCUUCUGAAUUUGGUAGGCGCUGGUUCAAGCAGAAGAAGACGAGAACAAUCUCUGAAUACAGUUUCGUUUUCAGGAAUUGACGGUCGCUAGCUAGAGCUAUGAAUAUCUACCUUGAGUGAUUCCUGGUAAAGGAAAUUAAAGCUUUGUUGCUUGUAAACUAUUUCCUAUUUCCUUGUGGCUGUAUGCCUCGUUAUUAUGGUAUUUAUAAGCAUGAGGUUAAGUUUUUAGUGAGGGCAUUGAAGUUAGGAAUUGUAAAUACCUGCACUGGUGAUCUUUAUCAGUUUUCUGCAAACUGCAUUGUUAAUCUGAUUUGUGGGGAUUAGAAGUGGAGGAGUUAGAGUUUAGUCCAAAUUGUUUCGACUUUUUAUAGGGACUUUCCCAGAACAGAAGAGAGGAAAGAUCCAAAAACUCCGAUCAAGCAAAUAAUACAUGUAUGUUUAUGUUGCCA